CUUGCGCCAAGGGACGAGCUUCUUGUCGAGCCUUAACAUAUGUCAUAGAGCAUGACCAGGAGUCAGAUGCGCAGGCACCAUGGUUCCCUCCGAGUUACUUAAAGUGACGGCUGUUCCUUCUGGCCCUGCGAUAUUAUCGGACCAUCCGGAUUUGAUAGACACAGAAUGGAACGCCUCGUUAAUUUUGCCCGUCGUCGUCACAGUAACAGUACCAAUGUAUCGCGGUCUCGUUCGCGUUCGACAAGUGGUCGGAGCAAGAAGGAUGAAGCUCCUCGUCGGCUCAUAUUGACCUCCGACACUCCGGACUUCGACCAGACUAUUAUCCGACAAUUCGAGACUGAGGGAUUGAAGGUCAAAUACCUACCAUUCCUUGGUGGAGGUCGUGAUCUAGAACGGGCCAGGAAGGAUCUUGAAAACCGGUUGAAUGAGCUCGAGGAUGAUCUAGAGCCUGGAGAGAGAUAUGCGGUAGUUGCGUACAGGAAACCUGCCUAUCUGCUCUUGGCAGCUCAUCACCAGUCUACUACAACCACCAAUCCGCUCCCCAGACUCUGCGCUCUAGUUGCCUACUACCCCGAACCACCCUUUGAUCCCCAUGACCCCCAGUUCCAAGAGUACUUGUUUCCAUGCGAGCCUCCGUCUGGUGCACUUGAUGGUGUCUCAACCUACUCCCCUCAUUCUCUGCUCCCUCUCCAGAUCCACCUAGCAGAUGGCCAGACCCCAACUCUUUACGAGAACUACACAGCCAAUCCAGACAAAAAGCGCCACCGAUGCCAUAUCUUCUCUUACCCAGAGUCGCAUGUCGGAUUCGCGGAGCAGUCGGAACUGAACUAUGACCGGAUUGACGCGCAACUUGCCUGGAGCCGGACACUGGAUUGCAUAAAGAGGAGCUUUGCACCUGGGCCAAACUGGACAGUCUCUGACAUCGAGACGACAUGGGCGAAGCAUUGGCACAGCAUGACGCAAAUCGGUGCCCCUACUCGUGACACCAUGGAGGUAAUAGUGGGAGGAGAGAAUGGUAUCGAGGCACCUGAGAGCCACUAUUGCUACGAUCAUAGCGAGGGACCAACUGUGAAUUGUGUCCCGACUUUGAUUGGAGCAAAACGAACCAACCCAUCCACCCUCAGAACCUUUCACAAAAACACUUUCUUCCCCUCCGGCCCACCAUCUCAACACCUCCGCCUCAUAUCCCGCACCACCGGUCCAGACCGCGUCGUUGACGAGGUCCUCCUCUCCUUCGAGCACACUGAGGAAGUUCCCUGGCUUUUACCGAACGUGCCACCCACGAGCCGCAAGGUGCAGAUUCCCCUCGUAUUAACGGGGACGUUCUGCGCUGGGAAGCUGGUCCGACAGCAGGUCUACUGGGACCAGGCGAGCGUGCUUGUGCAGAUUGGAUUGUUGGAUCCGGGGUUGAUACCUGGUGGUUUUGAAGUGAAGGGGAAGACGAGGGGUGAGAACAGGAAUGUCGAGAAGUUGCCGAUUUGCGGGAGGGAGGAGGUGGAGGGAAUUUUAAGUGCUUGAAUUUCUCUCAUUUUCCGAGUAUAAAAAGGUGAUAAGACUAAACCGU